AUGGUUCUUUAUGUUAGUGAUACAGUUGAUGAUGUAAAGGCAUUUUGGAAAAGUUCAAUCAGACCACCAUCAUUGUCUUGCAAAAUAUUUCUUGGUGGUAUUUCACAUGAUCUUAAUCCUCUUACGACUGGUAUUGCUUAUGCUAUUUAUGAAAAUGAAGAAUUCAUUCAUCAUAUUUUACAUAUAUGUUCAACAAAAACUGAUCGAUCGUUAGAUGAAGAUUCACAAUGGUUAUCGGAAAGUGAUAGCUAUGAAAGUUGGGAACAACGACUUCGUUCUACUGAAUAUAUUAGUGCUGCUGGAUUGUAUUGUGGCAUUCUUCUGGCUGAAGCAGGUCAUACAGUGACUAUUUUUGAGGCAAAUAAUCGAGCUGGUGGUCGAGUUUUUACUUAUCGUGAUCCCAAAAAUCCAUCUAAAUAUAUAGGAGACAUGGGAGCUAUGCGUUUUUCACUCGAUGCUCAGCCAUAUUUGAAUCAUUUGGUUCGACAACGGUAUAAAUUGAAUAUUACCGAAAUUAUUAGUUCCAAUGACAAUGCUUUUAAAUAUAUUAAUGGAAUUUUUGCUACACACAAACAAGCACGUGAAAAUCCAGAUAUAUUUCAAUUUAAUACCAGUCAAAACGAACGAGGAAAAACUUCUGAUCAACUAUUUUCCGAAGCUGUUAAACCUAUUCAGCAAACACUCUUAGAAGAAGGUUGGUCAUCAAUUCAAAAUAAAUGGGAUUCAUAUUCGAUCGAAUCCUAUUUGCACAAGAUGAAUCUAUCACGUGCAGCUAUUGAUUAUAUAGCUAUUGCAAGCAAUUAUGAAUCGAAUAGUUUUACAGCGAUUUUGGAACGAAUUGAAGGUAGGACAAAGAACUCUUCUAGUUCUAGAUCGUAUCGAAUUUCAAAUGGAAGUGAUUUGUUAAUACAAUCAAUGGUUAAUGAUUGUCAAACAAUGAAAUCAAAUCGAUGUUCCAUUCACAUUUCAACUCCUGUAAUUAAAGUAGAAUUAUUACCAUCGAAUAGAAUUAGAUUGACAACAAACAUUAGUAAUAAUCAAAUUUUCGAUACAGUGGUUGUAGCAACAACACCAACUGUUACUCAUUUCAUUGAGUUUGAGCCACGAAUAGAUUUUGUUCAAAAAUAUUUAGCUAUGCGUCAAGUAAAUUAUAUUUGUGCAUCAAAAAUUUACCUCUUUUUCAAUACAUCCUGGUGGUACACGCAAGAAAAUAUCAAUGGAGGUUCAUCGGAUACUGAUUUGCCCAUUCGUAAUAUUAAUUAUCCAACUAUGACAAAUAAUCAAACAGAUGGUGGAGCUAUCCUUGCUUCCUAUACAUUUUCCAAAGAUUCAAUAGCAUGGCAAUCUCUGUCCGAAUCAGAUGCCAUCGAAUUAGCAUUAAGACAAUUGAUUCAACUUCAUAGAAAUUCAUCAAACAUGCGGAACUAUUUUCAAGGUGGCAAAGCCAAACAUUGGUGUGAAGAUCCUUAUGAACGUGGUGCUAUGACUCUGUUUACUCCAUUUCAAUACACGGAACUUUUUGAUAAAUUACAAGCAUCAGUUUCGAAUAUAAUGACAAAACUUAUCGAUGAAACAAAUGAGAAAGAUGAAUUAACUGUUUAUCUUAAAAAUCGAAUGAAAGCAUCAUUUGAAUUAGAAAAUUUUGAAAAUUUUAUUCGACAACUUGUUCGUAAUGGUUCUGAUAUUCAUCCAGGUACAAAUUUUAUAAUUCAUUUUGGUGGUAUUGUUGAACGAUAUUUAAUUGAUGGUGAUGUUAUUUUGUUUAAUCAGCAACUAUCAGUAUAUCGUCUUUCAAUUGUUAUGUGUGCUGUUCGUCGAAAGUAUCUUUUUGGCUACGGAACACGCUCGAAAGCUGAGGAUGAGGACAAAAUGAGUUGA